AUGGAUGACUCUGAUGCCCACAUCGCAACAAGUACAGCUAGUGCAAUUCCAGAAGAUCUGCAUGACUCUAAGGUAGGCUCUGACAUUGCCACACGGGGUGCUCAAUACUUACUAUUGUUCGUUGCGUUCGCUUUUCUAAUAUCAAUGGGUGUGUUGAAAUACAGAGCUGCGAAUAGGUCUACUGAAGCGGGGCAAACCGACCUCGAAUUUAUAAUUAUUCCUGCUGAGGAGUCAGAUAGUAACGAGGAGGUUUAUGAGGAAGAUCGUCUUCUCAAUACGAAUAAUUCGUCUCUACCGGAUGAGGACACAUUAACGGUAAACGAUCUGUCAGGAGCGGAAGAUGAUGUUUCAGAAGAUCGCCAAAAUAGAGAGAAUGAGGCAUAA